AUGACGGAGCAGCCUCGAGUUCUUCGCCCACGACCGCGACGGCCCUUCGAGCUCCCUUCCAACGAGUCCUCCCAGCCUUCCACUCCGCCAGCAGACGGCUCCACGAAUAACAGCGCCGCGGAUUUUCUCGAAGUGAAGAAUGACCUGGCAUCGCAGCGCACCGGAUCUGUCCUCAACCUGACCUCGUCCACGUUGUUGGGCAUUUUCUCGCCCACAGCGUUCGAAAGUCCCCGCGACGAUUCCAGUCCCUGGGGCACUGAGGUCCAAACGCCCGGCGAGCGUUCAGCAGAGGACCUUCGAUACCAGCCGCCCCCGACCUCACAACCAGAGCGGCCGGGUUCAGCGAGAAAACACUUGCGUCGGCACCAUGGAGUAGGCGACGUGUUCCUGCCGUUGGUCCUGAAGAGCAUCCUCCUCUUCGUUUGCGGAGUCGUCUACGGCACUAUCAUGGCCCACCUACAUGAGAAUCAUUGGAUCACACCGGUCAAGUUGGAACUCAUUGAUCGCUCCUCGUGGCGAUACUUGGGACUCUGGGGCAUUGGCGGCGUGGCCCUGGCCAGUGUUCUUCCCUGGCUCGAUACGUUGUUUGAAAAUGCUACGAGUGGUACCGGACGGGGCGAGACAGCCAACGGGUAUCCCAAGACUAGCAAAAGCAAAGACGACCGUCGCCAGUCGUCACGCUGGACUCUGGCUGUCCGCAGUAUUGGUGCUUUUGUCGGCAUUGCCUUUGCCAUGCGGAGACUUCCGUGGGAAUCUACCACUCAGGAAUCGCUGACCCUCGCUCUCGUCAACCCUUUUCUGUGGUAUCUGAUAGACCGGACGAAGACGGGAUUUUGGCUGUCGACAGUGGUUGGGUUGACUGGGAUGGGCAUCAUCCUGGGCCUGCAUCCGCAGAUGAUACCCUCCUCAGCUGGGAUUGGGAUCCGAGGCUGGCGACUGGAGCAUGACAUUGAGGGCGGUCUGUCUCAGGAAGCCGUUGCGGUAGCUACUUGGCUGGCCAGUGUGCUGUUCAGCGCCUGCGUCUGUUUUGGAAAUAUUGGACGCCAGCUGGCGUUGGGAGGCGUGCAAGGGCAGAAAAUCUCUGAUGAAAAGAGGUGA